GGCCGCUCAGGAAGAGGAAAAUGGCAUAAACAACCCCGAGCGCCGGGACCGCUGAGGAGGAGGAGGCGCCGCCGCCCCGGGCCGCGCGGCCCCUUUAAGAGGCGCGGAGUCGGCCCCUCCUCCUCCUCCUGCCCCUUCCGGAGCCGGACCCGGGGUGACGGCGGUCCCCGCGCCCCUUCCCCCUGCCCGCCCCCUUCCCCAUGGUGCCGACCCCGGCGGCGGGGCGGUUGCCAUGAACAGCAGCGGCCUGCCCUGCUCGUCGCCGUCGCCGGUGGUGGGGCCGCCGCCGGGGGCGGGGGUCGGCGUGGCGGGGCCGGCGGCCGGCGGGGCGGGGGCCGGCGGCGGCGGUGGCGGGGCCGUGAAGCUGAAGUUCUGCCGCUACUACGCCAAGGACAAGACCUGCUUCUACGGCGAGGAGUGCCAGUUCCUGCAUGAGGAGCCGGGCGCCGCCCCCGCCGGCCCAGGGCCCGCCGCCCCCCCCCUCGGCGGGCUCCCGCUCGGCAUCCCCCCGCCCGCCGCCGCCGCCGGACCGGGCUACUCAGCGCACGGGGCCAGCUCGGGCCCGGCGGCAGCGGUGGUGGGGCCUAAGAAAGCCGAACUGGGGGCGGGAGGCGGAGGCGGCGGCGGCGGCGGGGGGCUGGAUGGCCCACGGCUGGCGAUUCCCGGCAUGGAUGGUGGUGGCUUAGCUGAUGCUAGUCUAACGGAUUCGUACUUUAGCACCAGCUUCAUUGGUGUUAAUGGAUUUGGAAGUCCUGCUGAAACAAAGUAUCCCAUGAUGCAGAGGAUGACAAAUAGCAGCAGCUCCCCUAGCCUUCUCAAUGACAGUGCCAAGCAGUAUGCAGGCCAUGAUCCACUAACUUCACCAAAUUCAUCCUUGUUUAAUGACUUCGCUGCCCUCAGUGUGUCUCAAAGGAGGAAGCUGGCAAAACCAGCAUUUCCUUCGUUUAUCACUGACUUGGAGGACAGAUAUAAUACAGUCUUGCCCAGGAAGUAUCGACUGGGGAUGCUGGAUGAGAGGAUAGUUCCGGUGGGAUCAAAAGCAAGAAAAUCAAAGAACCCUAUUGGCUGUCUGGCUGACAGGUGUAAAACAGGAGUACCCAUCAAUAUGGUUUGGUGGAACAGAGUCACAGAAAACAAUUUACAGACACCAAAUCCUUCUGCAAGUGAGUUUAUUCCCAAAGGAGGAUCAACUUCCAGGCUGAGUAAUGUAUCCCAGUCAAGUAUGUCUGCCUUCUCUCAAGCCUUGUUCUCUCACCCCUCCAUGGGAAGUCCUGCUGCUGCUGGGUUAGCACCAGGAAUGUCACUGUCAGCAGGAUCUUCACCUCUCCAUUCUCCCAAAAUAACUCCUCAUACGUCUCCUGCUCCUCGAAGAAGAAGUCAUACUCCUAACCCAGCAAACUAUAUGGUGCCUACUAGUGCCUCUGCGUCUGUCGCUAAUGCUGUCUCUCAGCCUCCAUCUACUGGCCAGGUGAUCCAGAAGGAAACAGUGGGUGGAACAACAUACUUCUACACUGAUACAACUCCAGCACCUCUCACAGGAAUGGUAUUUCCAAACUACCACAUCUACCAUCCAGCUGCACCUCAUGUUGCUUACAUGCAGCCAAAAGCAAAUGCACCUUCAUUCUUCAUGGCAGAUGAGCUCAGACAGGAACUCAUCAACAGACACUUAAUAACGAUGGCCCAGAUUGAUCAGGCUGAUAUUCCUGCAGUUCCUGCGGAAGUGGACAGCUACCACAGUCUCUUUCCUUUGGAACCACUGCCACCACCCAAUCGGAUACAGAAAACGAGCAACUUUGGGUACAUUACAUCGUGCUAUAAAGCCGUAAAUAGUAAAGAUGACCUGCCAUAUUGCCUUCGGAGGAUACAUGGUUUUCGUCUUGUUAACACAAAGUGCAUGGUAUUGGUUGACAUGUGGAAAAAGAUUCAGCACUCAAAUAUAGUAACUUUGCGUGAAGUGUUUACCACUAAAGCUUUUGGAGAACAUUCUCUUGUGUUUGCAUAUGAUUUUCAUGCUGGAGGAGAGACUAUGAUGAGCAGACACUUCAAUGACCCUAGUGCUGAUUCCUAUUUCACAAAACGGAAAUGGGGUCAGCAUGAUGGCCCUCUGCCACGGCAGCACGCGGGAUUGCUUCCAGAGUCUUUGAUAUGGGCAUAUAUUGUGCAGCUCAGCUCUGCCUUACGGACCAUUCACACAGCAGGACUGGCGUGCAGAGUUAUGGAUCCAACGAAGAUUCUGGUAACGGGCAAAACAAGGUUACGAGUUAAUUGCGUUGGAAUCUUUGAUGUUUUGACAUUUGACAACAGUCAAAAUAAUCCACUGGCAUUAAUGGCUCAGUUUCAGCAAGCAGAUCUGAUCUCCCUGGGGAAAGUUGUGUUGGCUUUGGCUUGCAAUUCUUUAUCAGGAAUUCAGAGAGAGAAUUUGCAGAAAGCAAUGGAACUAGUGACAAUCAACUAUUCCUCUGAUCUGAAGAAUCUGAUUUUGUAUUUGCUGACCGACCAAAACAGGCUUCGCAGUGUAAAUGAUAUCAUGCCUAUGAUUGGUGCACGAUUCUAUACUCAGUUGGAUGCUGCUCAGAUGCGAAAUGAUGUUAUAGAAGAAGACCUAGCAAAGGAGGUGCAAAAUGGAAGGUUGUUCAGGCUUCUAGCAAAAUUGGGAACAAUCAAUGAGAGGCCAGAGUUUCAGAAGGACCCAACAUGGUCAGAAACUGGAGACAGGUAUUUACUAAAGCUCUUUCGAGAUCACCUUUUCCAUCAGGUGACAGAAGCGGGUACUCCUUGGAUUGACCUCAGUCACAUUAUCUCAUGUCUUAACAAGCAACUACAGGAUGAGCUCAAAUAUUAAAAGUUACUAACUUGACCUCUGGAUGAAAAACAACGUGGCCAACUGGCUGUUAUUGGGGAAUAAUCCAAACUCAUUUUCAGAGCAGUGCAGAUUUUUUUACCUCCAUUUUUUGUGCAAGCUCCCAACAAAUUCACAAUGUUGAGAUGAUGACCAAUGUGGAUUAGGAUUUUCAGCUCAGUCAUCAGUGCUUUGUACUCACUUGCUGUGGCCCCUUCUGUAAAUACAAAAUAAAUUUGAAAAGGCAAAGAACUGGUCCUGCUGAGCUUUACCACUUCUCAUUACUUUCCAUUGAAAUAACCUCCAUUACUGGAUGUACUUCUUGUGUUGAUGUUCUCUCUCUAUUCCUCCCUGCUCAGCAUCCUCUUGGUUGCAAUUAAACCCAUAAAAAGAGUCAGGCACUCAGCUUCCUCCCAGUAGACUCUAUUAUAUUUAGAACUGAAAGAAUUUUUUUUCACAUGAAUAGUUCUGACAUUUCAGCCAAAAAAAAUGAAAGAACAAAUAAAAAGGGAUUUCAAGAUUAACACUAUCUAGAACUGGUUUCAUCUGACAUGACUUUAGCUAAGGGUUAUAUUCUAGCCUGAACUAAUCAACAUCUUAAGGGGUCAGUGGCAAGAACAAAGUAUUUCCAGAAGCUGAUGCAGCCAUCAAGUUUAGCCAUCUGUAUAAGGAAAAGAUGAACUACCCCUUGGUGAUGCCUGUCUGGUUCUGUUCAUUAUACAGGAAGCCUGGAGAUAGACCAGGGAAGUAAAUAUUCAUUGGUUAAAGUGAGCUGACUGCAUCUCACCCUUACCAGUCAUGACCAAUAAUAAUAGUAAUGAUGCAAGAAGUCCCUCAAACAAAUCUGAAACAUUCUAUUUAGUGUUGAGUGAAACCUUUAAUUUCCCCUGAGAAAAGUUUUUCCUGCAGAAUUUAAUUUCUUUAAGAAAACAAGAAAAAAACCAUAUUGCUUUGUGUAGGCCCAAAAGGAGUUUUUCAGUUUAGUGACACCAAGAACAGCCUUGCAGAAAAACCCCUAGAGCUGGGUCUUAAAGGGCUUGGUUUCAGCAUCUGAAUGGAAACAGUUUGUCUUGGUGUCCCACACAAAACUUGUCUUCUACUUAGUGACCCGCUCUUGGCUCGUAUGGGUGGAGAACAUCCCCUCCACCUCAUGGGAAUUCUGGGAGGAUAAAGCCUAUGAAUGACUGCAAAGUUCCUGGAUAAUCUGGUGAGGACACAAGGAAUGAGGCAGAUCUCCCGCGCUUUAGGUGAGAUACUGAAGAUACCAACAGAAGUUCUGGUCACCGCUGGCUCUCUUCAUUGUCAGCAGAGCUGAACAAGGACUCAGCUCCCUCUGUGCAGGGAUCUGCCUUAGGAUGGGAUGAGCUGUUGUUUCUCAGCACUGCCAGUGAAGGGUAUUUGAGUGGCUGACUCAGAUAUAAGCAUCUACUCUGCACACGCACAUGUGAAUCCCACCAGGAAGACUUCUUGUAGCUGCUGUCUGCUCCCAUUUGUUCCAGGAGCACUCGCUGCUGCGUUGGUGGCGCUGGCUGGCACACGAAGCCUGCUGAUGUACAUGAAGGAACCCUGAACCUGGCAGACCACUCCAAGGGCUGGAAUUGACACCUACACAUCUCCUGAUAAAUGAUAAGUAAGCAUAUGUGAAACUAGGAGCCACUGGCUAAGAUGGGUUUAUUCAAACCGUGCCUGAACAGAGUCAGCCGAGAGCAUCGGGGAUCCAAGCCAUACUGGCAGAAUAGGGGAUGUGUCCUGGCAGAGAGACAGCACCAGAAAGGAUUAAGGGAUUACGGCAGAUAAGCAGUGCAGCAUAAACUCCUGGGGCAAUGCAAAAAAAAAAUCCUGCUAUGAUCCUUACACAUAUAAAGAAGAGAAAGCUAAAUACAUAUGAAGGGAUGCCACCAGGACUCUGGGUUGGGGAAUUCAAUCACAGCUGCUGCAGGCUAUGACUGAACAUCAUCCUGCUUGCUAACAUCCCAAGCACCCUCUUCAAAUUAACAAGGGAGUUUUGUCCUUUCUGCUCCAAAGAGAAAGGUGGCAGUGAAUAGCUGGGGGAUGAUUUUACUUUCAGAUGAGCACUGGUGUAUGAACAGUGCUGGCAAAUCCAUUGCACAACCUGGCUGUCAGCAUCCUAAGCACUGUGUGAUGAGCCUGCAGGCAGUUCAGAGGGGACACACCUGCACAGCACCACCAAGAUUUAAACUGCUCAAUGUGUUUAGCUUAAUGAAAGGGCCUUCAUGAAGAAAAAUCAUUAUUUAAUCUAAUGGAAAGGGUUAGAAGGAGAUGCAGAAGUCAAACGUAUGCAAAUUAGACAUAAAGCAUCCAUUUUUAACAGUAAGAUGAUUAUUCUUUGGAGCUAAUGACCAAGGAAAAUAUGAAAGCUUCCAUCCAAGUGUCUUCAUAUCAAGGUGGAUACCUUAUGCUUCGGCUAAAUUUAAUUUACAGCAUUCAGUAUAGUAUAGGGUCAGUCUAGCAUAAUGGUAUGACUUUUUACUGUGGAUGCAAUUUUUGUUUCAUAGUUCUGCCAUUUCACUCAUGGUGGACCUGAAACUUGAUUUGUACACAUUUUGGAGGCUUCAAAGAGUUAUUGUGGGAAGACUUUGUUUUGAGACAAUUGUAUAAAGAAUGCACCACUAUAUAAGGCAUCAUUUUUUCCAAUGCAGAUUUGCAGCAAGAUACCUUUCAGCAUUUUCACAGCAACUAUUCUGCAUGUUGGUGAUUUCCUGAUUCCAAAGGCAGAUGCUUGUACCACCUUUCCGAAAGCUCCGUGUCCAAGAGACUUUCCUGUAAAGAAAAUAAAGUGGAGAGAUACAUCUUGGUAAAAAAAGGAAUCUUGUCAGCAAAUGGCUUCAUAGAUCAUGAACUGAAAAAUGUACUUUCCAAUGAGUCCAAUAGUUAUAUUUCCAACAUAUAGCUGGUUUAGGGUUUUUGGUUUGUUGGGGUUUUCUUGAAAAUAAGCAGUCAAGUUAGAAGACAGAGUCCUCAGAGGGAGGAAGUGAUAGGAGUGAAAAUGUCACUGAAUGAAUUAACCAUUCAGUGGAGGUACACUGGCUUCAAACCUGAUUUUUUCAGUCUAGCUCUGCCAGAGGAACAUUUUGCUCCUCUUUGCCCUGAGCACACUGCAUGGUGCAGCAGCCUGUGGUGCUGCAAGUUAUGUCUUCAAUAACACAGACCCUCUUCCCCUUUGACAAUGUGUUCACAUGGACAGGUCUGGCUGCCUCUGCCCUUCUACAGAGGCUGUCAAAGGCUUGGUCAGGGAGAUCUUGUCAACAUAUCAGCUAGCACUAAGCUUUAUUUCCAAGCAGUGAUUUUUGGAUGGCUUUUGUGCUUCAUCAGAACCCGGGUACCAGGGUGGCUGGCAAGAGUAUGGCAGCAGGAUCUGCAGUGUAGAGAAGAGCAGAAAAUAGCAGUCGGCUCUUUAUAUAAAAGCAAAGCAUAACAUGUGCCAUAUAUUUAUUUCUCAGAUAUGCACAAGCGACAUGACCAUCUCCACAGGACAAUUGCCUAGUCCUAUGAUGAACACGUGUUUGACUAGCGCUCACUUGGACAUCCACCUUGUUGGUAUCUGAAUGAGAGAUUAAUCCCACUCAGAUUCUUGCAAGCAGAGAAAAAGAGCUUCUGUCUGUAUUAAUUUAAAUCAAUACUGCCUUUUAUAUAUGUAUACUAUAUCUAAACUGUAAUUCUCAGUAUGUCUGUCAGUAGAAGCAAAUAGCAUAUGUUAUUAAGGCAAUGGAAACAUGAAGUGGAAUAUGCUAAGCCAAAAAAACCCCAGAAAAUUAUUUCCACCCUGGAUGUGCAAGUGUUGUAAUUAUUUUACAGCAAAUAAAAACCACAAAGAACUUGAUCUACAUGACUGAAAAGCAUCAACAAGCUGACCUUGGUUUGUGAAGGGCUUAGUGUUUGCUAGAGAAAUACAGAUGAAUCAGUGUGUGUCUAAAAACCUACUAUCACCUUUUUCCGUUACUGCAUAUAGAUUCUUCACUCAGCAGAUGUGUAAGGGAAGCAUCAUUGACUCAAGUCUCAGUUUUCUUAGUGAAUUCAUGUUUUUAGUCCCUAAUGUUUUGACUGUUCACAGUUUCUACAUGAUGAACUUGCAGCUUGAGGGCCUAUAAAAGCCAUCGUACCUUUGUUUAAUCCAUAGCUUGAAUCUGUUUCCAGCACUGUUAAUUCACUUCCCACAUUGUGAUAACCUACUUAGUCAACACUUGGAAAACACAUGGGCUCAUAAAGCUGCAAAAAGCUGCUAACUUUUCAUAAAGGAGAAUGAGCACUGGAAACAGCACUUCCUUCUCUAAACAGCAGCGUGAUUCAAUGGGAAGCUGUAAUAACACUCGUCUUUGCUGCUCUGCUAUUUUUCGUACCAUGCUGAAUGACAGCCCAGAACAGGGCUGCUUUAACUUUCCGGCAUGUAGCUCUGAACUCCCCAGUUUAGUACGCAGUUGUGGCUAUGGUUGUUCGUGCAAAAGCCCCUUAUGCUGACACACGAAGUAACUACAAAAUUAUUAAACAGAGGAAUAUUAAGUUGCCCAACCAUCUGAGCAGUCAGCCUGCCGUAGCCUUAUAGCAGCUACACUGGAUAUGUUUGGGGUAAUGCUCAGGUAUGUAAUGUUGCAGCAUUUAGAACCAGACCAAUGAAGCAAAAUGAUCUACUUAAGUUUUCCACACUUGGCUUGGAUUUACUGGGCCGCUUAGAACGCAUUAAAGUGAACAUACACCUCGGUCAACGAGUUUUGGAUGAGGUGGUUUUCAUUUCAGUCCCAUUUUAGCAGUGUCCUUCAAGAAUGUCACUUGCUGGACUGGGGCAUUAGCAUAGAACACCGCGCCCCAUGUCUGUGUGAGGGCACAGGCUCAAAGGCGUGUUCAUUUCUCAGGUUCUCUUCCAUGGUUUGAGCCAUCUGGGUUUUCCCCACAUGUGGCUUCACGUUUUCCAUUAUGUUACACAGGGCAGCUGUGCACGGGCAGGAGAGUGGGAAGUGCUGCUCCAGCGCUGUGGUCCUGCAGCGCAGGGGAGGGAGCGGGGCUCGGGAAGCCGGCAGCCACCAGUGUGUGUGACACUGAGCUGGAGCCAGCAGCCACACUCCCCCGGGUCCUGCAUCCCAGCAUCGGCACUGUGUCACCUCUCCAGAUUAGGAAGGUCAAGCCCAAGAGUAAGAAGUGCAUGAUAGCUCAGCUAACACAGUGUGUUAUCACUGACCACACUGACAGUGAUUUAUAGCACCAGCCUUUUUCUGCCUAAAGAAAAGAUGACAUUUUGCUCUCAGUGAGAUUAAUCUAUGCUGAAUGUUAAUUACCCUGACUUCAGUGAUGCCCAUACAAAAUUUCCUGUAAUGUCUGUACCACGUACAGAUGAAGGGGGAGUCCUGUUAUAUAAGCAUUGCAUCACAGCUGUGGGCUGUGUGUAUGCAUGUUGGAGGAACACACAGAAAAAGAGAUGUGGGCUGAAAGGAGAUACUUCUUUGCAAAAGUUAUAAUAAAUAUGUGUCCUGGAGGAUAAGAAGGUGGAAAGAGAAAAACAGUCGCAUCAGAUGCUGGAAGGGGUUGCAUUUCUAAAUAAAAAUAUAUUUUAAAAACCA